AUGCAUGUGCGAACCAAACGCGAUGGCGUGGCGGAGGUGUUUGAGCGGAAUCGAGUGGCGCUGAUCAUGCAGCAGGCGCUCGCCAAGCGCUACGCCCAUCCGCUGCCGUCACCGCUCUCUGAUGGCGUGCGUGACGGUCGCCUUGUGGAGGCUGAGAGCGGUAGCACUGUUACGUCUGACAUGGCCAGCAAGUCGCCUUCCUCACCGCCUCGCUUGACGUCUCCACUGCACUACACGCUACGCCGGUGCUCUCGCACCGAGUUUUAUCUUCAUUCCACCUCACUGAUUGAUGACACCUGCCCAGGCUACAUGGAGUCCAGCGCUCCGAGGGUCUCUCCCUCUGUGUCGGCCCACUGGCAGUCCCGGGACGACGAAGCCUGUGUGGCAACCGCUGUGGCCGCAGAGUGUUGGCGUCACGCCGCCUUCACAGCACUUACACAGACAGACCUGCGCCGACUCUGCGGACUCUCCGAGGAAACGGUGGCCGGCGUCAGCGGACACCAGUGCAGCUCCACACCGUCGUCGCCCCCUCUUCCAGCGACGCCGGUCGUGUUUCAUCUCCACCGCUCCUCUCCGCCCCUCGUAACUCAUCAGGAGUUCUUUGAGAUGCCACCUCGAUGGGUCAUGCAGAGCCUCGGCGAGGUGGAUCAGCACACUUUUCACAACUUCUCUGAGUGGGAUUGCCGGCGCCGCGUCACACCACUCGACGUAGGGGCCACCGUCGUGAAGCAGGCAACGAACGCUGGAACAGCUGCUCUUCCUACUACUGCUUCCACUCCUGGCGGUGGCCAGACUGCCGCCCAGGUAGCUCCGGCGGUACCACUAUAUUCCCCAGCGCAGAUGAUGACGGAGAGAGGCGGUGCUGCAUCACCAUCCUCGUUUCUGGGCUGCACGUCUGUGUCCCUUUCAGAGGCAGAGCUUGCGCCGCAUCCUCAAGCGCGUUUCCGUGUGCGUACAACGGCGACGAUGGCACACGGGAGGUACUGGGUGGACGUCGUACCGCUCACGGCGGAGGAAGUGUGUGAGGGGAGGGCGGAAAGAGUGCUGGUAAGUCCACCUACUGCGAUCCCUGCUGCUACCGACUCCAUGGAGAGCGGCAUUGCCAGUGAGCGCGUCGACCGCGACGCGUUGCUGCUGCGUCCUCCUGCGGCGCUUUAUGUGGACCCACUUUUGCCCUGUGACGAGCUCUACAGCGAACGCGGCGUCAACACCAGCGUCUAUGUCUUCUUCCUGCGUGCGGUCCAACGACAGCGACAAAAUGGCCUCGCAGUCCGUCGCAUCUCGCACGAGAUCGCCGCCUCUGACUGCGACAUUGACAGUAGGGGUAUGAGAGCCGGCACAAGAACAGGUGUAUCCAGCCCAUCGGAGGUCGCAGCGGCGCUGGCCGUGCGGCUUUCCCUGUGCGCACGGCAGCGGCGUCUGGAGUUGGCGAGACGCAUUGAUCGAGCAAUAGCCGCUGAGAACUGUUCAUCUGCACUGCAACGCGCCCCUGUGAGAGAAGCUGCUACGCUUGCCAUGACCCGCACGGCUGUCGCUUCUGCCAAGUGUUCGGGGCUUAGCGCACUCGCGGUGUCGCUGCAGGUUCGUGUGGACCAUGCUCGAGGAUCUCUGCAGCUUCGCGCUCUAAUACUGGAGGGUGCGGCGGACUGUACCACCGACGUACCAGCAAGCGAGUGGGACACAGACAGACCCACUGCAGCACCCACUUCCUCAACGCUGGCACAACCCCCUCUGCAAGAGACAGGAGCUUCCCCUGUUGUCCACGCAAAGCGAAGAAGGGACACAGUGGAUGGUGAGGAGCCAGCGCAAGACCGCCACCGUGUUGCUACAACCACGGAGACACAGUCGCCAACAGUGGAGGUGUUGCUCCGCUCUGCUUGGAAGUUGGCUGCUCUCUACGACAUGACGCGUUCCGCUGCGCUGGCGCAGCGAGAGGCAGAGCGAGACGCCAGCGAGGAAAGCAGUGAGGCGGGUGCGCAAAAUCGCACAGCGUCGCAGACGCGCACAUCUCCUCUGACUUCAUCGUCCUCACGGCUCGCGACGUCGCUCAUGGCACGCCUUACAGGCAUGCCGCAAGCUGCUUCAACUCUAACAGCGUCAGGAACCUCUGGCGCUAACAGCGAAGUGCCAUGUGGUUCCAGCUGGAGCACUGUGGUGCUUCAUGCAGGGAGUGCACUUCUACCGUCGACAGUGCCGGUCGUUGUUGAGAAGGUCCCUUGCCCAGCAGCACCGUCUUCUCGACAGAUCGAUCACCCAAUCGCCGCUUCGCCUGAUUUGUUGUUGGCCGAUGGCGAUCCGCCAACUGGUGUUCUCGCAACUACUGCAAUUCCCAUCAGCACUCUGACAACCACCACCACUACAGCAGCAGAGCGGGUCUUUCUUGCGCGAUUUUUCACGCUUCUCCUUCGGUAUCGUACGCUUUUCGGGGAGCACGGGCGCAACCAAGGCCCACAAGCGGCUGUGCCGCCGCCGGUGAUGGAGCACCUCGCCGCCACCUUCGAGAUCAGCGCAGAGGCGUUCGCGUCGCCGCUGAACACGCAGCUGCCUCAGUUUGGCUCUCUGUUUCCUGACACAGACAGACACUUUGGCAGCAUGGGGUCCUUCUUCGACCUCCAGUUUGGUGGUGCCGGCGGCGACCUUCCCACCCAACGAGCGCCGAGUCUGACCGACUCCGCUGCAGCGUCGCAGGGAUGCCACGUCGAAGUCAAUCCGCCCUUUGACACAACUCUUCUUCGGCACAUGGCGACGCAUCUGCUCUCCUGUCUGGCGCGUGCGCAGGAGUCGGCGCAGAGCCUGCUGUUCCUCAUUCUACUGCCCAGCCAUGACUUGACAGACGCGGAGAAGACGGCAGCAGCAGCUGUGACAAGCACUCAACCCCCAACGACAUAUCAACCAACGCCCACGGCAGCCGCGAAACGCCUCGGCAGCGAUUGUCGGUGUGACAGCAGUGCUGCUGCUGUUGUUUCUACUUCUGCACAACUGAGUACUGAGCGCAUCCUGCGUGAGUCGCCGUACUGCCUCGCCCAUGUCCUUUGCGCGGCGAUGGAGUCGGCCUACGUAGACGGACACCAGCACCUCCUGCAGAGUCCCUUCUUCCGUAUCGAGACGCCGACGCGUUUGAUUCUUCUCGGCAACGCUGCGGCCCGUGCGCGCUUCCCUUACGCCGCCGCGCAGCUGGAGUCGGUGCGUGCGGCUUGGAAGGAGCUGACGGAGAGCGCGCUUCUGCCGCAGUGCUGA